CGACGGGAGUGCAGUACGGUUCAAAGCAUCGUGCAAAGCACAUUAGAGGAGCCAAUACGCGCUAGCGACGGUCCCACGUGUCACGUCGUGUUUUAGCAAAACGCCAGUGAAAUUGUUCGGGAUCGCCUGUACCGGGUGGGCGAAUUCGCACGUGGUGAGUGUAGUGUGCAGACGCGUCGCAACGUCGAGCCACGUAUUUUCUGUCUCGAUAUAUCAUCGGUGCUACACGAUCGAACGAAGAGGACGAAAAGGUAGCAAACAGCUUUAAAGUCGACGCACGAAAAAGGAACCGAUCGAGUGAACGGUACGGAAAGAUCGGGGACAAGAUACGAAAUUGCGAGAGUAGCCGAAGACCGAGCAGCGAGAAGGAACGAGAACGGGAGGACGAAGGAGAAAGACAGCGAUAGAAAUCUCAUUUCGACGAGUAACUGGCCACGAGUAAGAUGAGCUGCUGCACGAGUGCCCCGAUUGUAACUCAGACAUGUGAGACGCUUCUAAGCAAGUGCGAAGUGCCGAUCAUCGACCUCGCUCAUAUGGGGACUGAGAGAUGUCCUCAGAAGGGUGUCGUGAAACAAGUGGCUUGGAAGCUGGUAAGGGCGCUGUCCGAGAAAGGACUGGCCUUGCUCGUCAACCACGGCAUUCCGGAAUGCAAGAUGAAAGCUGCUUACAGAGCUCUCGAUUCAUUUUGCGAAUUACCAGAGGAGAUACGAGCGAAAUACGAGCGCACCACGCCGGGGAACCACGGUUACCUUAAACCGGGGCCUUCCUCAUAUACCGAUGAGAAAGAAGCACGUCAUCUUUUCAACGUAACCGGAAGCGGGGGUAUUCUCCCAGAUGAUGAGGUGCCUAGCUUCAGAUUAGCGGUCGACGAACUCACUCGAGAUUUCAAGCAACUGUCUGCCAUGCUCCUAACUGCUCUGGCCGUGGGCCUAGAGCAAUCACCUGAUUUCUUGCUGUCGAAGCAUUCGCACAUGCUGGAAUCUGAUAACGAGUCAACCCUUCGUCUCCUUUACUAUCCGCCUCUUGGUGCACCAGCGCCUGGACUGGCUCGUUACGGCGCUCAUUGUGAUUACGGUACUUUCACUUUAUUGGCACAGGAUUGCGAAGGAGGUUUGGAAAUACAAACUCCGUUUGGAGAACGAUGGGGAAGAGUCGGCCAUCUUCCCGGUGCUAUUUUGGUGAUCAGUGGCGACAUUUUAGCGAGUUGGACCAACAAUCAAAUUCCAGCUUUAAGACAUCGUGUCGUUGUCCCAGAACUCUGUGGCCGAGGUCGUCAUUCCAUUGCCUUCUUCGUGCAUCCGGAUAAUAAUAUUCUCAUCGAGCCUUUAGACACAAAGAUCGCAAUAUCGAAUCAGGAAGCAGCUCCGUGCCGUUUACAGAAAAAGAAACGCGGCGUUCUGACCGCGUACCAGCAUCUGCAACGUCGUCUUCGAGAAACGUAUGCCUCUUAACGUUAUCCGGACAAAUUACAUCUUUUUCUCUCAAAAUGAAGAAGCGGUCCUAGUAACAUUACUGCCGAUCGUUCACAUGUUCACUAAAGAAGCCGGCAAUUUUGAACAUUGCAACAUGAUGGAUUUAUCUGAUUCGAAGACACUACUCGUCUUAUAUGGGAACUGUGACGUGUAAAUAAAGGAACCUUACAACAAUCGACCAUUGAUCGUAAAAUUAUGGUCUGCACGAUUUUCGUUUCAAACGAUGCAAAUCACCAUCGGUAAAAUGUAAGAACAACGUCGUUGCAUCACAAAGGCAAUAAUAAAGAAAUUUGUACUUACAUUUUGUAAAAAAA